AUGGGGGCUCACGGGCCUGCGACUCUCUACUGGAAAUAUCCACAGAACAGUGGACAGGAGAAUGGGCUGUAUCAGGGAUCUUCGUUACCCCCAACCAAUCCAGCAGCCUGCAUUUCCUUCCGCCCUCGUCCUCUUCCCAGCGUUCCUGUGGAGUCUGGAGCGUCUCUCUCUGUCGGUGGGAACCCCUAUUUUCUUUCGUUUGCUUCCUACGCAGGCUCGGAGGCAGUGAACGUGUCUACGCGUCAGCCAUGCGAGUUCUCUCCUGAUAUUCCUGUCGUUCCACCUGCAGGCGGUGGGUGUGUCGUGGUCAAUAAGCAGCGUCUUUCAGCCCACAGUCCCAGUAUCAAGCAAUUUGUAUCCGCACCGAGGCAGCCUGCCCAGCACUCUUCGUCGUCUCCAGCAGCGACGCCGCAUUCAACAGACUACGUUCCUUCUGGCGGCUGUUUUUUGCGCCCAGUGAAUGCGGCAGGACAGGCACCUGUCGGCCAGCGCAGCCAACCUUACUCGACGGCUCAGACGACUCUGGUCGCGAAUUCUGGUGACGUGCAUCCUGUGCACCUCCGUGGUCUGUCGCCCCUCCCGAUAGGGACUGUUGUCCAAGAGCCGUCGCCGACCUCGACGGCGCCUCGGGAUAUUCCUCCUGCAGACUCGCCGGGUUUUUCUGGAAUUUUCCCGGCCGCCCUGGCUUCGGCUCAGCCACGCCUCAGUAGCGCGCCGGAGGUGUUUUCUGUCCACGAUCCUCGAACCAGUGUAGAUGCCACUCGAGCUGGCUGGGAAGCCUCGCCGCUUCGGAGCGAAGGCGGAUUCACUUUCUCGAGUCCUUUCCUGACUCCUCAAUCCUUCUGUGGCGACGAGGGCCGCGUGUCGACACCGUCUUUGCCCCACGUACCCCCUGUCCAAUUCGUGAAUGACAGGUGUUUGGAGGUCGGCAAUCCAGGCCAAGUUGCAGAGACAGUGUACUUCACCUCGCCAACGUUGGCAACGCCCUCGCUGACGGCGAACACCCUCGUCGCGGGGUCGCCGGCAGGUGUCUCUUCACCUGGUGCACCUCGCCGUCUCGCGCACUCCCCUUCGCCGCCAACUCCCCAAAUUUCGCGGGACGCGCCGCCUGUUCUGGGUUUGCCUGCAACGCUCACGCCGCAACGCCCACGCGCGUUCAGCACUUUCGAACACACCCACCUGUGGGCUCCUCAGCAUCCACGCGAAGACGCUCAAUUCGGGUCGAGAGGCCAGGGGGGGUGCGCCCCAGAGCCCGCACGCAGUGUAUCUACAGCGUAUGCGUCGCUUGGCCAGGGCUUUGCCUCCGGCAGUUCGUGGCCAGCAGAGGGACAGAACGUGAGGGGGAGUAGCGCUCCCAGCCCUUUUUCCAGCAGCCAGUGCACCCCCCGAGCUGACCCUCUCUCUGCGCCAAGUUCCUCGUCGAUUCAGAAACCAACUGGAGCGUUGUGGGUAACGGCAGCUUCCGGCCCGCAGGAUCGUCAGCCCCUCUUGCCACAAGCAGGUUUGCUCAAUUCCGGACCCGCAGACUUGCAGGACCAGCUGAAUCCUGAGGAGCGACAUCGCCUGCGAACAGUCCAGCACCUGGUACGGCAAACGCAAGAACUGAUUGCCGACACCGAACGAAGGCUGAGCACUGGAUGGCGCACCUUAGAGGGCGCAGGCCUGCUUCAGAGUCCGGACACCUCCGCAGCCGACGGCCACAGAGGAAACCAAAUUGUCAGGGAGGGCGACUACUACCAGGAAGGGCGGAGUGCCAGCAAGGCUGGUGCACCAGGAACACUCUGGGCGGAGACUCCGAGCGUCCCAGCUGGCCCCAACAACCACGCAGGCACUUGGCAUCCGCCCACGAACGCGUUGGAGUCGGAUUCUCGCUCCACUCGCCAGACUCUUGGAGAGUGUCUCGGCGACCAGUCGAGACGAAGCCAGGGAGCCGAACGGAUCCAGUGGUGUACGGGCAGUCAGCGAGGCGGCGAGGUCGCAGAGAUUCAGGGAGACACGCCUUCAUUCCAUCCUGAAACCCGUUUCGCAGACCAGUUGCCCAGUGGGCACGCGCUGGACAGGACCGAAGCCACGGCGCAACGCUCGAAAUGGGUCCAGGAGAGUCUCGCGUCUGUCGAGCCGACCGGUGACCGUCUACAAAGCCGAAGUUGCCGAGGACGCGAAGAAGGCAGCGCAAGUCGAGGAGAGACCCGAAGCGGGAGCGUCGCCACCAGCGUUGCCUCUGGGGAGUUCAUCAAGCUCGCCGUCACUGCUGCAUGCGGCGGCCGAUUCCGCGAAACUCACCGAUCCCUCGCAAAAACGAGCGGGAGUGCGGGAUCCGCGAGUGGCGCAGCGCAGCACAGCAGCCAAGGGAGUAGCGCUUCGUCUCGCCUUUUUGGACACGAAGGGAAGCAGUUGGGACUUCGAACGGGCGAACGGCCGGACGCUCGCCGCGAAAAUGGCCGUGGACCGCAGAAUCCACCGGAACCACUGAGGAGAGGCGGCGCCCCCAUCGAGAACAUGGGCGUCUCGAUCGCUGCUCGAAGGGCGCCUUCAGAUCACACUGCCGAGGCAUGCGUCAGCGAGAGGACGACUGUGGGCAAACGGGGCACACUGCGAGAAGACCAGUCGGGUUACCCGGCACGCAGGGACAUUGGCGGCUCCGGCGAAUCCGACCACGGCGAGAAGAAAAGGGGAGGUCUCGAGAGAAGAGUGCGCGCCAGAGACGGCCUGCAUGCGGCGAACUCGGGCCGGGAGCAGCCGCUGUGGAAGAGGGAGGAGACGUGGCCAGAGAGCGGAAGGGGAGAGAGUCGCUGUCGGGUUCAGGCAGCGUUUGGCGUCGCAACAAAGAGAGGAGAGAACCCAGGGGACGAAAGAGGGAGUGACGCUUCUCUUUCGCGCGAGCUCUCACAGAGCAGUCUCUCGCCAGAGGCGAGGCAAGACGGAAGCGGCGCCCGACGGCGGCGUCCUUUGGCGCCUGAACGGAGGCCGCAGAUGCAGCGGUUUGCGUCACGUUCUCUCUCGCGCCGGUGUCUGUCUGAAGAAGGGACUGUGGACGCCACGAUGGAGGACCUCUCCCAGUCUCACUCUGCCUCUGGACCGCUCCGUCACCCGCCGAAACCGCUGCGCAACCCCCUGGCCUCUUCGCGACGCGGCCUCGCGACUGGAGCUCGGUCCGCACGCUCGCCGUCUGUGGCGAGUUCCGCCAGCUCCCCUCGCUCGCGAAAAGGCGUGUCUGAAGAGCGAACGGGACCUGGCGCAGCGACGGGAAAACGGAAGCCUCUCGGUUCGCAUUCGAGCGUGGGCAGUGCAGGAGCUGUGCGGUAUCGGACUCACGAAGAUCUGCAGCCUUUCGAUGAGCCCCCGUGCUUAAAGACCAUCGAGGAAACGAUUCUGCCCCGUCUCGGAGUCGAAGUCACCAAGGGAGACUGGACGGAACAGAUCGAAACUCUGGACACCGUCCGGCGCCUCGCAAAGUUCCACUUUGCUUCCCUGACACAGGAUGUUCUCAGGCAAGCACUCGCAGGUAUCUUGGCGUGGCUGGCCAGCCCGCGGUCCACUGUCGCGAAAAACGCCUGCCUGACUCUCAGUGACCUUUUCUUCUUCGGGAAGCGGAGAAUGGAUCCAUGGGUCUUGGAGGUGGUGGAGCUCUGCAUGAAGAAGUGUUGCCAGUCGAACGAAUUCCUCAACGAGGCGGUCCGCAGCGUGCUCUCCACCGUCUGCCAGUUCGCGUCGGAGUCGCGAGUUCUACACGCCUUCCUUCACUGCAUCCCGCCCUGCAAGCAGCCAGGGGCGAGGUCGACGGCUGCGUCCUGCCUCGCUCUUCUGUUCCAAAGAACCAGUGAGCAGGCGGCACGUGGGGGGGAGCUCGCGCAAAUCGUUAAGCUUCUCUCGAAUAUGGCGACUGAAGCUUCCCCGGAUGUGCGCGUGGCGGCGCGCGUGGCUCUCACGAUGCUGCACAGAACCUUCGAUGGAGCGACGCUGCGCCGAGUUUGCGGGUCUCUUGACGCGCGGACCAAGAUGGAGGGCUUCGUUUCGCGGACGACAAACCGAGAAAUUGAAGACGUCUUGAAAACUGUGGAGGCAGGUCCCCCGGGGGGUGGACGCACCUCGUUAGCGUCCUCGCUGUCUUCGAUCCCCGACGACAGCCGAUCUGCUGGCCGUGGACAGAGUGGCAGCAACGGGGGCUAUCGACCUUUCUCUCUAGGCCCAGUGAAACCGUAG